GCGGAGCGCGGGGAGCUAGCGGCCGGUCCAGCUGCCGCCGACUAUGCCCGAGCCCACCUCCGGGCAGCCGCCGCGCGCCGCUCGGCCCCCGGCUGGGGACGAUGCCAGACACCCGGGAGAGGCCAGGGCAGCGGCGGCGGCGCGAUGGUAGUGACAAGCUCUGCCCGAGGCGGCGGCGGGGACCGCGCGCCCUCCAGGCGGCGGGGCUGCGGACUCUCGGCGCCCGGGGCCGCGGCGCUGCUGGCCGGGGCGAGCUGCCUGUGCUACGGCCGCUCCCUGCAGGGCGAGUUCGUGCACGACGACAUGUGGGCGAUCGUCAACAACCCCGACGUGCGGCCCGGCGCCCCGCUGCGCUGGGGCAUCUUCUCCAACGACUUCUGGGGCAAGGGCAUGGCCGAGAACACCAGCCACAAGUCCUACCGGCCGCUCUGCGUCCUCACCUUCAAGCUAAACAUCUUUUUGACUGGCAUGAACCCAUUCUACUUUCAUGCAGUAAAUGUCAUUUUACACUGCCUAGUGACCCUUGUGCUGAUGUACACCUGUGACAAAACUGUCUUCAAGAAUCGUGGACUUGCUUUCCUUACAGCAUUGCUUUUUGCUGUGCAUCCUGUUCACACAGAGGCGGUGGCCGGAAUUGUUGGCAGAGCUGACGUGUUGGCAUGCUUGCUGUUUCUGUUAGCCUUUCUCUCCUACAGUAGGAGUGUGGACCAGUGUUGCGUUGGGGAAUGUUUCCCUCCCACCGCUUCUCCCUUCUUCCUGCUGCUCAGUCUGUUUCUGGGGACCUGCGCGAUGCUGGUGAAAGAGACAGGCAUCACGGUGUUCGGCGUGUGCUUGGUUUAUGAUCUCUUUUCUUUAUCCCACAAUCAUGAUAAAUCGAGCAAUGGGGUCGUCCAUCAGCGCAGCCCACAGCGGUCCGGGAGCUCCCUGCCCACCGCACCGCCAGCGCACCCUCUCCGGGAGAAUGGGAAGCAGCAGCGGUUCCCUCACAAAGGAGCUUGGGGUGGCUGCCACACUCCAUUGCCACCUGAACCCAAGAGCAGCGGAUUCCCUGUGUCUCCUCGAGCUGUGUGGUCCUUGAUGAGGUAUCUGACAGCAAGCAGCAAUAGAAAUUUCUUGCUUACCAUGAGGCCAUUCUUAAAAAGGGCCAUUUUGGUCAUAAGUUAUGUGAUUGUUGUUCUGUACUUCCGUCUGUGGAUAAUGGGAGGAUCUAUGCCCCUCUUUUCAGAGCAGGAUAAUCCAGCUUCAUUUUCACCUUACAUUCUUACAAGAUUCCUUACCUAUUCCUACCUCUUGGCCUUCAACGUGUGGCUUCUGCUUGCACCUGUUACCCUGUGCUAUGACUGGCAGGUGGGCAGUAUUCCUCUGGUAGAGACCAUAUGGGACACGCGGAACUUAGCCACCGUCCUUCUGGCAGUUGUGACGGCCUUACUGAGCCUUCAUUGUUUAGCAGCCUUCAAGAGACUGGAGCACAGGGAAGUUUUGGUGGGCUUGUUGUUCCUGGUUUUCCCGUUCAUCCCAGCCAGCAACCUCUUCUUCAGGGUGGGUUUCGUGGUGGCCGAGAGAGUCCUAUACAUGCCUAGCAUGGGCUACUGCAUCCUUUUCGUGCACGGAAUGAGCAAGCUGUGCACGUGGCUGAAUCGCUGUGGGGCUGCCACCCUGAGCGUGUCCACUGUGCUGCUGCUGCUGCUUUUCUCCUGGAAAACCAUGAAACAGAAUGAAAUUUGGCUGUCGAGAGAGUCCCUAUUCAGGUCUGGAGUUCAGACUCUGCCCCACAAUGCCAAGGUUCACUACAACUACGCCAAUUUCCUGAAGGACCAGGGUCGGAACAGGGAAGCCGUCUACCACUACAGAACGGCCCUCAAGUUGUAUCCGCGCCAUGCAAGUGCCCUGAACAACCUUGGAACACUGACCAGAGACACAGCAGAGGCAAAGAUGUACUAUCAGAGGGCUCUCCAGCUAAAUCCACAGCACAACCGGGCUCUUUUCAAUCUUGGGAAUCUCCUUAGGUCUCAGGAGAAAAAGGAAGAGGCUAUCACCUUACUGAAAGAUUCCAUUAAAUAUGGUCCCGAGUUUGCAGAUGCAUAUUCAAGCUUAGCUUCAUUACUGGCUGAGCAGGAGAGGUUUAAGGAAGCUGAGGAAAUAUACCAGGCUGGAAUAAAGAACUGCCCAGAUAGCUCAGACUUACACAACAACUAUGGAGUUUUCCUAGUUGAUACUGGCUCUCCAGAGAAGGCAGUGGCCCAUUACCAACAGGCCACCAAACUUAGUCCAAGCCAUCAUGUGGCCAUGGUGAACCUGGGGAGACUCUACAGGUCACUGGGAGACAACAGCGUGGCUGAAGAAUGGUACAAACGCGCCUUGCAGGUGGCACGCAAAGCUGAGAUAUUAUCACCGUUGGGAGCUCUAUAUUACAACACUGGCAGAUAUGAAGAGGCUUUGCAGAUUUACCGGGAAGCUGUGUCCCUUCAGCCUUCCCAAAGGGAACUCCGCCUGGCACUGGCUCAGGUUUUGGCCGUGAUGGGUCAGACGAAAGAAGCUGAAAAGGUGACCAAUCACAUUGUGUCAGAGGAGGCUGGGUGCCUUGAAUGCUAUCGCCUGUUGUCUGCCAUCCACAGCAAGCAGGAGCAGCACGACAAGGCACUUGAUGCUAUAGACAAGGCUCUGAAGCUGAAACCAAAGGACCCAAAAGUUGUAUCUGAACUUUUUUUCACAAAAGGAAAUCAACUAAGAGAGCAGAACCUUCUUGACAAAGCUUUUGAGAGCUAUAAAGUGUCCGUGGAAUUAAAUCCAGAUCAAGCACAGGCCUGGAUGAACAUGGGUGGAAUCCAGCACAUCAAGGGAAACUACGUGUCUGCAAGAGCUUAUUAUGAGAGAGCCUUACAGCUCGUUCCAGACAGCAAACUGCUGCAGGAAAACCUUGCCAAAUUGGAUCGUCUAGAAAAAAGAUUACAAGAAGUUCGAGAAAAGGAUCAAACGUAGCAGCAUUUGACCAAGUCUCCAAGGGACAGUACUGGUGCCUUUGGAAGAGGAAGAACUGACAGACGGAAGCCUUGCUUUCACAUCAGUUGGGGCACAACCGAUGAAGUUUUCCUCUUACUCGAGUUCAGGGUGGCACAUUUUGGGACACCUGCUGGUAACCUUGUGCUGGGGACUUGCACUUCCAUGAAAGAAGACAAAAAGAGCAAGGAAGGGCUAGAAGGCCUGAAGGAAGGAAAACAGCAACUACACAUUUUACAGAUUUUUGUUUGCUUUAAUUCCAGAUUUCCUUUCAUAUAUUUGUCUGCUUUUCCAACCUGGAAAUCUAAUUCCAUUUCUUAGUGUAGAUAUUUGUGUCUCAGAGAUAGAGGCUUGAAAUGCUAUGAAUGCAUGGCAUCUCUUCUUUAUGAAAGGAGAUAUUUCAGAGAGGAUAAAUCCUCUGGGAUAAACCAUUUGGGAAAUUCUACCAAGAGGUAACUCAUUUAAUUCUCCAGAACUAGAAAUGAGUAUCUAACAGUUUUUGUAAAAUCUUCUGGAAUAUAUGGGGAAAGGGGCUAUUGUAAGAUAAAGCUAAGUAAGGUUUGUCUAAUAUCCUUCUGAGGAUAAUGCUAGAGCCCUAUUGAGAAGUAAAUUAAAUUCCACUCUGAUACAAGCUGUUUUCCCAUUGCCUAAUAUGUCAAAAAGGAAGCUUCUGGAAUUGUGUAUGAGUAUUCUUAUUCCUAGGGAAAAAUCAAGGGUCUUGCUACCCCUGACUCUUCAUGGAAAUGUUUUAAAUUAAUUUUAUUACAGGUAUUACUAGAGUAGUGGUUCUGCUCUAAGAUUUCAUAAGUGCUUUUAAAACUCAUAAAUGUUUCUGCCUCCAGAUAUAUUGUUAUUUUGGUGGAGAAAAAAAUAGUAUAUUCUACAUGAGAAAUAUUAAAGAUAUUAAUUGAGAGAAAUGUUCUACUUUAUUAUCUUAACAUUCAGACGUUCUGAGAUUAUUUUUUGAAAAUAUAUUUAACCACUGAGGAAUCUUUAUGGUAUAUUACAGAAAUCUUCAUAGACUCUAAAUAGAUGGACAGCUCUAUUGAUUGUCUUCCUAGGCUUAA